GGCCCCCUUGUCACCACCACGCAGGGCCCCUGACCAAGGAGAGAUAGCACUGAAGCCAAGGAGUGCCAGACAGAGAGAGAGAAAGAGAGAGAGAGAGAUAGAAGGAGAGAAAGAGAGAUAUAUAACCCAGAGAGUUGACAGACAGGACUGACUAUGCCAGCGUACGCCACCAACAUGAGGUUGAAGUUCCCCAUCCUCGCGCUGAUCCUGGAGAUUAUCACCAUCAUCCUCUACGCCGUGUUUGUGACUUACGACGACGGCAAAUCCUCGCAUCACGAUGACCACAGCAACAAGACGGAGCCCCACGGGGAGAGUGACCCCCUGAGCCUGUACCCCAUGUUCCAGGAUGUCCACGUGAUGAUCUUCAUCGGUUUCGGCUUCCUCAUGACCUUCCUGAAGCGCUAUGGCUUCAGCAGCGUGGGCAUCAACCUGCUGCUGGCCGCCUUCGGCCUUCAGUGGGGACUGCUGCUGCAGAACGCCUGGCACAUGGAUAACGGCAAGAUCAAAGUGGGCAUCGUCAACAUGAUCAACGCUGACUUCAGCACAGCCACGGUGCUCAUCUCCUUCGGAGCAGUCUUGGGGAAGACCAGCCCUGUGCAGCUGCUCCUCAUGACCUUCUUGGAGAUCACCACCUUUGCCAUCAACGAGCACAUAGUUGUGGAAAUUCUGGGAGCCUCUGAUAUUGGAGCAUCUAUGACCAUCCAUGCCUUUGGUGCCUACUUUGGCUUGGCUGCGGCCCGCAUGCUGUACCGCCCUGCUCUGAGGAACGGCCACGAGAACGACGGCUCUGUGUAUCACUCGGACCUGUUCGCCAUGAUCGGUACGGUCUACCUGUGGAUGUUCUGGCCCAGUUUCAACUCCGCCAUCGCUGAACCAGGCCAGGCCCAGCUCAUAGCCAUCACCAACACCUACUUCUCCCUGGCUGCGUGCGCUCUCGCCGCCUACGCCACCUCCAGCCUGGUGGAGCACAAUGGCAAACUGGACAUGGUGCACAUUCAGAAUGCCACCCUUGCUGGAGGUGUCGCCGUGGGAACUUGCGCCAACAUGACCAUUGGCCCGUACGGUGCCAUGUUGAUCGGCCUACUGGCUGGCAUCAUCUCCACACUUGGCUUCAAGUUCCUCACCCCCAUUCUGGCAUCAGGACUGGGCAUCCAGGACACCUGUGGCGUCCACAACCUGCACGGCAUGCCUGGCAUCCUGGGUGGCCUGGCUGGCAUCGUGGCAACGGCUAUGGGCAGACUUGAAGGUGGGGAUCCCACCAAGCAGGCGGCAGGCCUGGCCUCUUCUCUGGGAUUCGCCCUGGUCGGUGGAGCCAUCACAGGCCUUAUCAUGAGGAUUCCUAUCUGGAGUCAGCCUCCAGACCAGAACUGCUUUGAUGACUCCAUCUACUGGGAGGUACCUGAGGAGGAGGAGGAGAACGAGGAGAGUCUGGCCCACGGAGAUCAUUCCAAAAAUAAGACCGAGGCUUAGGGUCAAGGGCAGAUAUCACACACUUUGUGAUUGUGAGUUAGGCAUGAAAGUCAUCAAGUGGAUUUGGAGCAGUUCCUGACGGACGCAAUGGAAGUCCUGAGUGCUUUGACAGGCGUGUAUUAAGCAAGGCUUUUCAUUUUUAGAUUCAAAUUGUAUAAUCAUGCGCUGGCAUGAUUCGAACCAAAAGUACCAUUUUUUUUAAUUACAUUUAUUUUUCAUUAUAUCAACAUUACUUCAUCCUUAGUGAACAUGCACGCACAAACACACACACACACACACACACACACACACACACACACACACACACACACACACACACACACUAUAGCACCCAUAAGCACUGUUCAUAUUGUCAUUGCUUUAGUGCCAUUUGUUUGCUAAACCAAAGUUUCUUGGCUGGGUGAACAUGCUUCAGAAAAUGCACCUAGUGUGUGUUAUCAAUGACAUAUUCUAAAGAGGUCUUACAGUGAUUUGCAUUUCGUUUUUUGUUUACCCCACACCUUAGUUACUAUAACAGUAAGCAGAGGAUCUAUGAACAUCAACAGGAACAUUCUGUGUGAAAACAUUCCAAAAUACAGAAUGCUAUUACAUCAGUCAAAUGUAUGGCAGUGAUUGGUGAUAGCACCAGUAGCGGAUAAUUAAUUGUACACAUUAAACUGUCAACACCAACUCCCAUACAUGUACACAACCACAAAUAUAUCAGGGCAAUCAUGGAUUUAUUCGUUCCUUUGCAAUAAGCUUUUUUUACACUCUCAGGAAAGGUUCUUGGCCUGAUGGCUCUGGACGCAACUUUUAGGAGCUUUCCCGUGGAGAGAGGCGGAGAAGCUCUGAUGGGUUUAAUUUAGGGUUGUCACCUGUGCUUUUACUGAGAAUGUACGAUGAAUAACUCAGGAGAGAGUGAGGCAGAGGUGAGCUGGUCUUUAGUCCAGCAGCCGUCCUCUAUCACACUAUAUCACGCUUGCCUGGUCUUCACGGGCAAGCAUAGCCUGGUUCAAACAAUAAAUAUUCUUAUGUUGUGAUAUUUUGGAACAACUGUCUUCAUUGUAACUUGCAUUUAAAUGAAACCAAAUAGAAGUAAUAUGCUUUCUGUUCACUCACAACAUGCAUGAAAGGUAUACUUUAUAAGUAUAUGUACAGUAUGGUAUAUUAGUGUGAACAAUUAACAAACCUCACUAUACACUAUAAGGCAAGACUUUCAACAUUUAUUUCAUACAAUGUUAAGUAUCAUGCAAUUGUUCCAAAGUAGCACAGUGUAGUUGUUCUUAUUUAUUUGACCAGGUCAGGCAUUCACACUGGAGCCCAAAGAGCCUUGUGGAUAUCCGGCCUCAGGCCUCUAAACUCGGAUAGAAACAGACUGCAUGAUGGGCUAGGAUAGAUUCACACAGCUACAGUAUAAGGUGUACCUGUUCACACUCUCAGUUUUUCUUUUCCUUAGUUUCUUUUGCUUAAAUCUUUUUUUUUUUUUUUUUUUUUUUGUAAAUAUACAGCAUGUAUGUGUAUACAUAACGAUAUAGUCUGCCUCUAGUCUUCCCAUCGUCCUCUUCUGACUAGUGGUAUCAAGGCUUUUUGUUGUUUCAUCAGUGGAGCAAUGUCAAGACUCAUGCACAACUUACUCUGUAAAAGUAAGAACAAUAGCCUAAAUGCCUCAGUGGAGAACAGGGACAGACUGACCAGACUACAGAUAGGUUAGAUCCUCGGUAUUUAGAUUAGAUGUAGCAGUAAAUGCUAGCGUAGAGAAUGUGUGUCUUAGAGCUAAAGCGUAGUGCACCAGUUUCAACUUUAUUUUUCAAAGGCUUGGCCAUAAAUGUUUAUGUUCAAAUCAGAUUUGAUCACACUUUGUAUGUAUCACACUUUGUAUGAAUGUAUUGAAUACUGUCAUUUAUAAACUUGCUUUUAUACAAUAA